AUUGGAAAUCGGAAAAAUCUUUGUCCUUCGAGUUCCAACUUCCAAACAGAAGUGAAACAUCCCGUUCUCGGACAGCCUCUCUGGCUUUGUUCCAAAACCAGUUCCUCCUAAUGGCCGCAAUCAAUGUCUCUCCACUCUCCAUCUCUUCUUCUUCAAUUCCUAGACACUCCUUUUAUACUCCCCAAAAUACACCUAUCUUUUCCUUCUAUUCACGCUUCGGCCCUUCUCUUUCUUUCCCUUCCAUUUCUCUAAGACCCCACACCUCGAUAAAACCUCGCUGUUUAAUCAUCGCUUCAGCUAUCAAGAACCUCUCGGAGGUCGAACCGGUUCCUUUCCCGGUCACACCCGAGGAAUUCACCUCGAAAUUGCCAUCCGAUGCCGGAGUCUACGCUGUCUUUGAUCGAAACGACGAGCUUCAAUUUAUCGGCAUCUCGCGUAACAUUGGUGGCAGCCUUUUUACUCAUAAAAAAUCAGUGCCGGAGCUUUGCUGCUCCGUUAAGGUUAGUGUAGUCAAUGAACCUGAUAAAGCUGCUUUAACUCAAGCUUGGAAGUCAUGGAUGGAAGAACAUAUACAAACCACCGGAAAGGUCCCUCCAGGAAAUGAAUCAGGGAACACCACAUGGGUUCGGCAGCCUCCAAAAAAGAAGGCAGAUCUCCGACUUACUCCUGGUCAACAUGUCCAAUUGACUGUUCCACUUGAGGAACUCAUUGAUAAGUUGGUGAAGGAGAACAAGGUAGUGGCCUUUAUUAAGGGAUCAAGAAGCGCCCCGAUGUGUGGAUUCUCUCAGAGAGUGAUUGCCAUUCUUGAAAGCCAAGGAGUGGAUUAUGAGAGUGUUGAUGUGCUUGAUGAAGAAUAUAAUUCUGGAUUGAGGGAGACACUCAAGCAGUAUAGUAACUGGCCCACAUUCCCCCAAGUUUUUGUGAAUGGAGAACUGGUUGGAGGGUGUGAUAUCCUGACCUCGAUGUAUGAAAAGGGUGAGCUUGCUGGUUUGUUUAAAAAGUAGUGGGUUUUGAGCUUCCCUUGAAGCAGUUAUCAGAUUGUAAGACUGCAUGUAGUUACAGGUUAUGCGUUGAUAGAUUGUGGAUCUUAAAUUUAAGUUGUACGUUUCAUCAAUUAUUAUAACCUGGGAGCAAUCACUGGAUCAUUAUCUAUUGUAGUGCAAAUUCUCUGCAUGAUCCUCUGUUGAAUCCAUUUCUGAUUCCCCCUGGUGUCCUUUCUCAAGUGUAGGUUAUGAAUUACAUGGCGCUUUGGUCCUAUGGGAACUUUCUCAUAAAAAGUAUGGGAUGAAAUAGGACAUGCUCGGUUGGCCCAUCAGUUCUGCUUCUAAAUUGUGAUUGCUGUGUCAAUAUAAACAAGAUAAUACAACCAAAAGAGAAACAGGCCUUUGUCGGCCUUGUGGCUAAGAUCAAGUCCAACCCCAAGGCAGGGGACUCAGACCGGAUUAAGGGACCCACUUUUUGGGCCCUAUUUCGGCCCAUGGACAUGCAUGAAGGCUUAUCUCCUCGGAGUAUGUGUUAAGAUUUAGGUGGAAGAAAAGGUUGCGGUUUUAAGAAUUAAUCUGGAAAAAGAGAACGGAAGAAAGAAUAUAUAGAAUGUGGAACAAUGAUUAGUAUUCUGAUUAAAAAUAGAACAAUGAUUAGUAUCAAAGUAGUAAAGUAUUUA